CUUGCGUUGCGUCUUGCCAGCAUUGCCACAGCCUACAUCCGCCCGCCCUACCAGUACCAUAGCACUCCGCUUCGUUCCUCCUCCAUGGCGACGAAGCCCUUCUUCCUCUGGGGGGACACGCACGCCACCUCCACCGCGGCCCCGGACUCCGACGACGUCGGGGUCUUCAGGUCGAGCGCUACGCAGGCGACGGCCGCGGGGGACGCGCCGGAGCUUGGCGCCGCGGCGGCGGUGGCGCGGCCGCGUCUGCGCCGGGCGGACGCUGCUUCCGGGCCCAGCGGGAAGAAGAAGCAGCAGGCGGGCGCCGGCGGUGGUGUCGGGGCCAACAAGAAGCCGCAGCGCGGGCUCGGCGUGGCGGAGCUCGAGCGGCUCCGCUGCGGGGGUGACCCGCUGCUCGAGCUCUCCACCGUGGUCGGGGAUCCUGCCGCCGCCGCGCAGGGCCACCCGAUGCUCCACUACCCCCACCGCCACCCGCACUCCGCGUUCGAAGCCGCCGGCGCGCGCUACUGCUCGCAGCUGCUAGCCCCGGCGCCGCCGGGAGGACCAGUCUGCGCGCUCCACUCGCCCCCGGCGGCGGCCGGGUGCCAGAGGGCGCCCGUGGCGCCGGAGCAGCAGUACUUCAGGGACCGGUGGACGAGCCGCGUCGGGGGUUUCACCUCGUCUGGCGGUGGAGCUGACCACCAGCCCCAGUGCCAGUCCCAGUCCCAGCUGCUGCCGCCGGCGACACUGGAACCAGAGCACCCUUCAAGCCAAAGCACCAUCUGGCGUCCCGCUGUGUCCUCCUCCUCCUCCUGCCUCCACACCGGCCACCGCUGUGGCAUCUGCUCCAGGGUAAACCACCCGAGGAUGAGAGCAUUGGCAGAGAACAACGGAGGAGCACUGGCGCUGGCGCCGGCGCCGACGCCUCCAGACUACUCCAUCUACGACCUUGCCACAGCCAUGGCCACCGCUCGCCAGGGAGACGCGCCCUUGGCCGAGCCGCCCGCGAAGAAGGAGGUGAGGGAGAUCGAGUUCUUCCCGGCGGCAAGCGCGCACCACCGCGCUGGCGGCGGCGGCGGCGGCCGAGUCUCGGUCCCCGACGAGCCGGCGGAGCUCGCAGCGUCCUUCUCUUCCCCGUACGGCGCCGCCAGCCACACCGCACCGCAGCUUGACCUCUCACUGAGACUGUAGUAGCGGGGCUCGAUCGUAUCGUUAUGCCUGAUCCACAAUGUAGGGUUCUCUAGGCUUAUGUUGCUGCUUUUAUGUCGGUCAUCAUGCAUGGAUGUGCCAUCUAGAUCGCUGGGUUUUGAGUUUUAGACACACUUGGUAGUAGUUGUUGCUGUUCUUUCUACUUAUUAUUCGCUGAUGAAAUGCCGCCCUAUUUGUGAACACUGGAGAUCCAUCAGAAUCAGAUAACUGCGUGCGGAUGGCGUUGUAAUUCUGUAUGAUACUGGCUGUGUGGACUUC